AUGUCCCCGGAGGUUCCGGGAUCGAAACUGUCAGGGUCGAAAAUCCUUCCGACGGUGGAAGCCCAGCACCACCCAGCCUACGGGAUCAGCGGCCCACCCAAGCCGUCAGCUGGUUCAUGGGGCGACUACUACCGGCAAUCCGCAUGCGACACACGGUCGAAUGGUCACACGGGGCACAUCACUGAGGCGGACUUCAACACCUUCUUCGGGAUAACCCUCGUUACCGCCAACGUCCGGUUUUGGCCACAUCCUCAAGCGGCAAGCAUCCCUCUGGGCAUUAACCCCCAGUUCUAUGGCUAUGUGGGUUUCUUCACACCCAACCUCUUCCUCGCCUGGUUUGAGUUUCACUUCCUGCGGCAAUACUACGAAACCCCGAUCGAAGCCGCAGUGGAUGUUGUUCGGGACGUGCACACCCACUUCCGCUCCACGAAUCGCUUCCUUGCGGAGCUGGCCUCGCGCGACGACCCCUACCUUGCAGCCUUCGUCCACCAAAACUACGUCCCCCCUGACACCGGACUGAAGGACAUACAUCCUGAGCAGAGCUCGACAUCCCAUCCCAGUGCAACACCAUGCCCACCUUCCACCCACCCGACUUCCUCUUCCUAG